AUGUUAGCUCCAGAUGAAAAUAGUAUGAAAGAAAUGCUCUGCAUCCUAGAGAAAUACGCCACGAAAAACAAGUUGAAGGUUAAUACAAAAAAAACAAAAGUGUUGGUAGUAGACAGCAAAGGCAGCCGGUCAAGAAGCGAGAGAGGAUGGUGGUAUGGAGGCAAGCGCUUGGAGGAAGUUAAAGAAUUCAAGUACCUAGGUUGCUGGAUCUCCAGUAGAAACAGCUGGAAAAAACACAUGAGAGAAAUGGCAGGGAAGGCCAGGGUGGCAAUAAAUGCGACCUGGGGCCUGAUUCAAAGAAUAGCUAGAAGUACAUUCAGAGAUAGGAUGUACCUAUAUAACUCUCUAGUCAGAGCGGGUGCAAUGUUCGGAGUGGAGCUUUGGGGAUGGGAGGACAACAAGGAAAUGGAGGCAGUAUACGGACGGUAUUGCAAGGCGGCCUUAGGCUUGGCGAAGAAUACACCAGAGUAUAUCUGGAGGACAGAAAGUGGCGCUGAAAGCUGGAAAGUUUCGUGCCGAAGAAGAGCGAGCAAAUACAUUAUGGACAUACUGGGUAUGGAAAAUGGAAGGUGGCCGAAAGUUUGUCUGAGAGAGACCUGCAGAGGCAUCCUGAAUAGCAAGCCGUCAAAAUGGGGGGGGGGGCAGGAUUUGUCAAGGCAUUAG